GAUUUAAUGGGUCCAAUUAUUGGGAUGUCACCAGACAAGAAAACGGAAAUUCCGGGUAUGCAAGAGGAGCGGACGUGGCUCCGAGGUGUUUGUGGAGUUGGAACAUUGCCCGAGGCGGAGUGCGCUUCCAGUCCUCUUGCGACUAGUGUGGAUCGGACUGGAGGUACUGAAGAUGAAGAACUCACCAACCUCAACUGGCUCCAUGAGAACCUGCUUCAGAACUUCACGUUAGGGGGUCCUGAAGCGCAACCUAGUGCCAGCCCCCUUUUUGACAUCGAAGGAGACUAUGGACCCAACCAGGGAACUUCAUCCUCGUCCACAGCCUCAACACAUAGUAGAGGAAGAGAGCGGGACUCAUUGAAGUCCAAGCCCCCUUUUUCGUUUUCGCUCCUCAUUUACAUGGCCAUUGAGCAGUCGCCUAGCAAAUCUUUACCUGUCAAAGAAAUCUAUGGCUGGAUUCUUCAGCACUUCCCUUACUUCUCCAACGCACCCACUGGGUGGAAGAACUCAGUGCGUCACAACCUCUCCCUGAAUAAAUGCUUCCGCAAGGUCGAAAGGACUUUAGGAAAGGCCAAUGGAAAAGGGUCUCUCUGGUGUGUCGACCCGGAAUACCGCCCCAACCUGAUCCAAGCCCUUAAGAAGCAGCACUUUCCCACCGCUCAUGCCUUCUGUACGCCACCCGCCUCCCCGCCUAGUGCCUCCUCACCCCCUCGUCAUCUCUUUCUGCAAGGUUGCUCAUUUAAAGAGUCUGAUAUUGAUGCUGCCACUGCCAUGAUGCUCUUAAACUCUGCCCCAGGGCACCACGUUGACCCAUGCAAUUCUGACGGCCCGCUGGACCUUUCCAGACCCGACUCGGUCUUAGUGAGCAGCGAUCCAAAGCAGGACCACAACUACAGCAGUGUCGCCCUGCAGCGUUGCUCCUCCCGGUCUUCCUCCUCGUCCCUGUCCUCCUUAGACGAAGGAGGCUGCGACCGCAGGCAGUCUCGCCGCGCCGGUAGCGAGGGCUUCCACAGCGACGAGGAUUCCGACCUCUGGGACGAGAGGGCCGCCAACCAAACGCAGCGUCGCCCGCCUGCCAUCAAGUGGCCUGACGGCAAAAGGCCGCGACGUGAGGUCAAGCCGGAGCUAGAUGAGGAGCUUAAAGAGGCCGCCGGUUCUUUGCUGCACCUCGCUGGUAUACGCAGCUGCACGGAGGGCUCCAAACGCAAUGUGAAGAGCACAAAACUUAACAGGAAGUAG